AUGGAGAGAAUUACUCGAAAACGGGCAAUGGCCAUUCCGAAACAAGAAGAGGACGAAGAGGGGAAUAUUGAAUUAAAUAAAGAAGAUCGGGACUCGUUAUUGUGCAAAUAUUUCAAUCAAUUGGAACCCCGACAACAAAUAGAAUUGGUGAAAUUGAUGCACCGAAUGGAGGAGCCGAUUCCCGAGCCGAUUCACAAAGCAAAGAUUCGUGUUCCCAGAGAUGGAAAAACGUUUGAGCCUGUUGUACUCCCUCCAGAAUUGUUGAGUAACCCGAAAAACAUUGCAAAAGAUUCCCCACAGAAACGGCAACAACCAACAUAUGAAGAUAAGAAGAAUAUAAUUCUGUUGAAAGAUCAAGGGAUUUCUGUGCAAGAGAUUUCAACAGUUUACAAUUUGCCCAAAUCAACAAUCUACAACAUAUUAAAAGAUCGUUUGGAAAUCGAGAGAAAGAUUUCGGAAGGGAUUUGCGAGACAAAGAAAAGGAUAAAAGUGCACGAUCAAGCAUUGGAACAAUUGGUGUUGAAGUGGUACAAAGAGCAAAAAGCACAAGGCAUUCUGGUGGCUGGACCCGAGUUGAGAAAAAAAGCUUUGGAGAUGGCGAAAUUCAAGGGAAAUCUCGCGUUCAAGGCAAGCGGUGGAUGGUUGCAGAAUUUCAAAGCACGAUAUUCAAAUGUAUUCAAAGAUACGAUUUUUGAUGAGGAUGGAGAUCAGGAAUCUGAUGGAAAUGAUCAAGAAUUACCCACUUAUGAUUGGUUCCAAGCAACGCUUGAAGCGAUGGCACCGAAUUCUGCAAAGAAGGCACGAAAGGAGUCUGUUGGAUCAAUGGAUGAUGUCCCUCCACCACUCUCGCCAGUUUCAAUCUCAUCCAAUGGAGGAUCUACACCGCCACCAUUUCUUGAAACCGAAGAUGGAAAUCCGGACACAUUGGAGCCGUAUGCUUCUGCUUCCACUUCAAAACCCAGUGAAACAAAGAACAUCUCCGGUUUCACCUUCAGAAAAGUCAAAGUUGGACCACAAACGAAAUCUUCAAACGAUACCCCGAUCACCUCAAAGUUACCACUUGGUUUGUUGAAAAGUCCACCGAUUAUUGGAAGAAAUCUCCUCAACACCCCAUCAAGCAGUCAAAGAGCUGCGGAUAUGCUAUCAAUGUUGACUAGAGGCUUUUCAACAGCUCCAAAACCGGUAAACAAUGUUUUCCGGAAAUCAGCACCGAUUAUCAACGACGUGAAAGAAGUUGCAGCAACGGCAACUGUUCAAAUCAAAGAAGAACCGCUUAAUUUGCUCGAUUUACUCGGACAAAACAAGCCAUCCGAUGGAGAGAUCCCGGAUUUCGAUGGAGAAAUGAAUCUGGACACCCUCUUCAGUGGCCCCACUUAUCAGUGUCGAGAGUGUUCGGCCUGCAAAUUGCCCUUAUCCAACGAGGAAUACCAAAAUCAUAUGGAAGAAAUCGAGCAAUUCGGUCGAUGCUCAGAAGUCCGGAAAAGUGAUGGAGUUUUCCCGUGCGCAUUUCAUGAUUGCGAUAAAACGUUUGAAAGUAUGACAAACUACGUAAAUCACUUGAGGAUCAUGCACGGAAAACCGUCUAUCGUUCUAGAAAGGACAUUCUUCAACGAAACUGAAUUUUCUGAUUUCACCCGAGCCCUUCGAUCAUUGGGUGACUUUAAAAAUGAAGCUGGACAGAAAUUCUCAAUGAAACAACACCGAUGUGGUUACACUCAUGAAGCUGAUGAUAGUGAUGUUGAAUUCGAUGAUUGCGAAGUGACACAUAAAGGACGAAUCGCUUGCUCGGCGUUUUUCCAUGCAACAAUCGAGUCACAAGUUCAUCGGGAAAAAGUAAUCCAUCUCCGUUACUGUGACUAUCACAUUCACGGGAAAAUGCGAAUCCCAAAAGUGGUGAGGAAACGGAUUCGACAUCUCGGACAAUUCCUUCCACCAUCCGUCAUUGUGCUUAUCAUUCACGCCGAAGUAUCAAAAUACGCGGGCACUGGUGGUCUCUCCGCUACAAUCAAGCUAGUCGAUAUACCGACGAUUUUGGAGAUUUUACUAAAUGGAGGAAUUUCACCAAUCGAUGAUCAAUCCGAAUACAAAAUGCCAUCAAAUGAGCUUUUAGAGGGAUUAGCUUUACCAGAAAUCAUGCCAAUUCAUCACGUGAAGAAAGCUUGUGAGCAAUGGAUUGCAUCAGUGAAUACAGAUGUGUCAAAGAAGAUUCGACAAAAUACUGGUGAUCAAAUGUUGAAGAUUCUCAACAAGAAAGCAGCAACUCCAUCAACUCUUUCCGAUGCUCUUAAUCUUCUUUCCCAACAAGCCAACACGCAUCCAAUCUUGCAAAAUCAAGAAACAAGAAGAAGACAAAAAGCUGCUAAUAUCGUUAACUCGAUUCGAAUUAUGGCUGUGAAAAUGACGGUUGAAAAACUGUUAGAAAUGCCUGAGAGUGAACUAUUACAAUUCGAAAGGAUGGUUGAGAAAUGCUUGGAAGUGAGCGAACAAAAGGAAUCGAUAAAAACAGUCGAUGAGGACACAAUAAAGCCGUACGUGUGCCCGGUGUGCUCAAUGUCCUAUUUUCACAAGUCGGCUCUUCGUUUCCAUCUACAAACCGAUCAUGAUCGUUUGGGGAGAAAAGAGAUCACAAACAUUGUGGCCUCUUUCGAGAAUCAAUUCUCGUGUCUUCUUUGUGAUCGAUCAUUUUCUGAGUACAAAGCUCUCAAAGAUCAUCAAAUCAAAAUGCAUGGAGAAUUCGAUGUUCAGACAACAAAAGGCAUUUACGGAACACGUACAACAAUUCCGAAACUCAAUCGAAUCCCACUUCCAUUCGAUAAUGGAAAUAAUGUUGAUGAGGAUGAUGAGGAUAAAGGGGAAAUCGUUGAUCAAGAAUCUCAGCCAAGAUCUCCAACACAAUUGAUGUAUUCAAGUGAU